GAUAUGUCUCUCUGUCUCUCUCUCUGUAUCUCUCUCUCUCUCUCUCUCUCUUUCUUUCUUCCCCGCGUCUACUUCGUAUUCUCUCUUUAAGAAAGCUUUGAAUCUAUUGACAGUUUCAUAUCUCCCCAAGUUUCUUUUUCUUUAAAGGAUUGAAAUUUCAUCUCGUCUUCUCUUGCCCACUUCUGAGUUUUUCGCAAUCAGAAGUUUAAACUCUAAUCCUGUCUCCUUCUGCUGCCCUAGUUUUUUUUCUUCUUUUUAGCUGCCGUCUCUUUCAGCAGACGUGUAUUUGUCUCUUUAAGGUAAUUCAAGACUUAAACUUGAAGUAUCGUCUUCUUCUGCUGUUUUUUUUUAUUUUUGGUGGAAAUCAAAUUUGAGAUUAGAUCUGACUCAGCUUUGGACUAAGACAAACCUUUUCUCUUUCCAUUGGCUGCAUGCCUAAAAAGGCAAUUGCUUUCGGUUGCCGCAGUGGAUGUUCUCUUUAAUCUUUUCAAAUAUCUUUCUCUUUUUAAAUCAAUUUUGCUGAACUUGCCCAAUUCUGAAACUUUGUUGCAAUUGCAAAUCUCUUCUUGGUCUCCGUUGUUGAGAGUGCUUUCUGGUAAUCGUAUCAACCCUUGUAUUGAUUUGAAAUCAGACAAAGAUUCGUGCUUUGAUACUAAUUUGGUAUUCUAAAGACAACUUCGAACGUCUGUCUAAAGGUAUCUGAACUGGAUUUCUUUGUUGGGAUAGGAUAAGUAGUUAGGGGAAUGAGAAAAUUGUAUAGGAAGCUGGUUUCAUUCAGAGACCCAUUUGCUAGGGUGAAGAGACAUGUUAGUUCACAGUCAGGCUUCAGAGCGUUCAGUGACAGAAAAUGGAUGUUCCCUUUUCUAGCAAGCUUGAUCAUGUCUAUUACACUCCUGAUGUUGUUCAUUUCUGGCCAAUUCGACGGCUUCUAUGCGGAAGAAAGUCAAUUACCAUUAGAUGUUGAGGCAGAGUCUAAUGAGUACUUUGUAGAAUCAGGUUUUGAAAAAUCUUUGAAUUCGACGGCUGAUGUUGUUAAUCCAGAGCCUCCUAGGUUAGCUUAUUUGAUAUCAGGAACGAAAGGCGAUAGUCAUAGGAUGAUGAGGACUUUACAAGCUGUGUACCAUCCUAGAAACCAGUACGUUCUGCAUUUGGAUCUCGAGGCUCCACCUCGGGAACGGACGGAGCUGGCGAUGUCUGUGAAGAAUGAUCCGACUUUCCGUGAAAUGGAGAAUGUUCGUGUAAUGGCGCAAUCUAAUCUUGUUACUUAUAAAGGCCCUACAAUGAUUGCUUGUACCCUUCAAGCCGUCGCGAUUUUGUUGAGAGAAAGCUUACAUUGGGAUUGGUUUCUUAAUCUUAGCGCCUCGGAUUAUCCUCUAGUAACACAAGAUGAUUUGCUAUAUGUCUUCUCAAACCUGUCUCGGAAUGUCAAUUUCAUCGAGAAUAUGCAGCUCACCGGAUGGAAACUGAAUCAAAGGGCUAAAUCAAUCAUUGUUGAUCCUGGCCUAUACCUAUCAAAGAAAUCUGACAUUGCUUGGACAACUCAACGGCGACCACUUCCAACUGCUUUCAAGCUAUUCACCGGCUCAGCUUGGAUAAUGUUGACACGGUCUUUCCUGGAGUACUGCAUUUGGGGAUGGGAUAAUUUCCCAAGAACAAUACUAAUGUACUACACAAAUUUUGUAUCUUCUCCCGAAGGAUACUUCCACACAGUGAUCUGCAACAGCAAAGAGUUUGUCAACACCGCCAUUGGGCAUGAUCUACACUACAUAGCUUGGGACAACCCUCCUAAGCAACACCCUAGAUCUCUCUCCUUGAAGGAUUUUGACAAUAUGGUCAAGAGCAAAGCUCCAUUUGCCCGUAAGUUCCCCAAGAACGAUCCUACCUUAGACAAGAUCGAUAAAGAGCUAUUGGGCCGGACACACCGGUUUGCACCAGGAGGAUGGUGUGUUGGGAGUUCAGCUAAUGGCAAUGAUCCGUGCUCUUUACAAGGCGAUGACUCAGUGUUGAAACCUGGACCUGGUUCUGAGAGGUUGCAGGAGCUUGUUCAGACACUUUCAUCUGAUGAAUUUAGGAGAAAACAGUGUUCUUGAAAUUAUCUAAUGUUCACGCCAAAUAUAACGUUGUAUAUUGUUUUGUUUGAUUAUAAAUUUUGGUUAUAGAGAAAUUCCUUCGAAA